UUUUAGAUCACAGAACUUAUUACCAAGACAAAAACAAAUCUUUUGCUCGCCUGGGAGUCCAUGAAAGGCAUCUUUCAAAAAAGAAAGGCAAUAUAUUAGAAAGCUAUGAAUAACUACAAUCACAGUCUAAUUACAAUGGUAGGAAAUAGCCAUCCUGAGGAAUACCGAAUUUCAUCACUCGUCUUCUACAGCUUCAUUUUUACAACUGGCUUACUUGUAAAUGUUACAGCUCUCUGGGUCUUCAGCUGUACCACCAAGAAGAAAACAACUAUAACUAUCUACAUGAUGAACGUUGCACUGCUUGACUUGUUGCUUAUAUCUUCCUUGCCUUUUCGAAUGCAUUAUUAUGGGAAACGCUCUUGGAUCUUUGGAGAUGUCUUCUGCCGGAUUCUUAGCACUUUCACUAUUUUGUACCCCAGCAUUGCAGUAUGGCUGUUAGCUUUUAUAAGCAUUGAUAGAUGCCUGGCUGUAGUUCAACCCAAAUAUGCCAAGGAACUCAAGAACACAAGUAAAGCUCUGAUGGCCUGCACAGGACUUUGGAUCUUAACUCUUGUGACAACAUCUCCACUGCUGUUCUUAUAUUCUGAUCCAGAUAAAACUUCAAAUUUCACUACCUGCACGAAGAUGAUGGAUAUUAUCUACCUAAAGGAAGUCAAUGCAUUUAAUUUUUCUCGGCUAGUAUUUUUUUUCUUGAUUCCCAUAUUUAGUAUGCUUGGUUGUUAUCUAGUCAUCAUUUAUAGUAUAAUUCAUGGAAGAACUUCCAAGCUGAAACCAAAGGCUAAAGAGAGAUCAAUCAAAAUCAUUGUAACACUAAUUAUCCAAGUGCUUGUAUGUUUUGUGCCUUUUCACAUUUGUUUUACAUUUCUGAUGCUCCAAAAUGGACAAGCAAGCUUCAACCCUUGGGGAGCAUUUACCACCUUUCUCAUGAAUCUCAGCACAUGUCUAGAUAUAAUCCUGUACUACCUGGUUUCUAAACAAUUUCAGGCCCGAGUUAUCAGUGUCAUGCUUUAUCGUAAUUAUCUUCGAAGUGUUCGGAGAAAAAGUAUACGAUCUGGUAGCAUACGUUCAUUAAGUAAUAUUAACAGUGAGAUGAUAUAGAAUGAGUUAAGCAAUGUAACACACACACACACACACACAUAUACACACAUACAUAAAGCUUAGAAUAAACUGAAUUUGCCAAUAAAUGUAUUAUGCUUAGAAAAGAAAGUUUUACUAUUUCUCUCUUAAAUGGUUUUUUUUUUGAAAAAUUGAUUACCUUGAAAUGCAUAAUAAUUUCUGCCUCUAAUAUAUUCCAUUUUCCUUCAUUAUUUAUUCUUGCAUCUUUGCUACUGGGGUUUCCACCUCGUAACAUGCAUGAGUUGUACAAUUUAUUAUGACAGAGUGAUAUAAAACAUUGUUCAAAACCACAUGAUUUCAGUGUUUACAAUAUUGGGAGGGUG